AUGGUUUCAUACAAAGUGGCCGGUUUAUUGUGCUUGGUGGCCGUCGCCUUCGCACUCCCAGCUCAGGAGGAGGCUCGCGGUUCCCGCAACGCCAUCCAAACCGAGAACGACCUUCUGGACGCCAUCUCCGCCGACUGCCUCCGCAAGGACUCCAUGUCGUGUGUCAAGUACAAGUUGUUCUCUUUCGUGGACAAGAUGCUCGGCCAAAAGGAUACGAUUACAGUGACCGAGGGUGUGCAAAUCGUCAAGACUGAAGGCGGAGAACCAGAGGGAGCACCGCGCGCCCUCAACGGUGACGAAACCAUCGAAUCGUUGAUCCUGAACAGGGUCGCCCGUUUCCUCGAAUCUCACACCAUCAAGAUCGACCUGAAGGGAAGCGAGAUCGUGAACGCCGUCAGCAGCACGGCCAGAUCUUUCGGAGAUGUCAUGGAGAGCAUCACCGACGAUGAGCCAGCCACCGAGGAAGCCCGUGGCAAGAAGAAGAAGGUCCAAAAGGUGCUCGGCCCAUUGAUGGCUGCCGCCGCCUUGAAAAUGGCCAUCUUAGGAAAACUCGCUUUGGCCGCGAUCGCCCUCAUCGCCGGUAAAGCCCUUCUCGUCGGUAAAAUCGCUCUCGUCCUUUCCGCCAUCAUCGGUCUGAAGAAACUGUUGGGAGGACAAGGAAAGCACGUCACCUACGAAGUCGUCUCUCAUCCACAACACUCUGCCUCUCACACCGCCUCCCACGAGACCGUCUACGGCGGCAGCGGCGGCGGAUACGGCGGUGAUGUAAGCGGUGGAUACAGCGCUGGUGGUUCUUCCUCUGGACACGGUGGAUGGGGAAGGGCUCUCGAUGCCCAGAAGAUCGCCUACAGGGCGCACGCUCAGCAGUAAAUGGAGCAUCGGCUAGUCCGGCCCCUGUACCUGCCAAUCCUCUCAGCGAGCCUUUCUAGUUCCGU